AUGCGCCGAAGGUUUAAAGGGACCCCCGCCCCCUCUCCGUCGGCUGCUGCUUUGGUUCGCGUCUGGGAUGGCGACGAGAACAGCAGCGGCGGCGGCGGCGGCGACGGCGACGGCGGCCAUGAGCGGAUUCGGCGCUGGGGCGUCCUCGCUCCAAAGAGGCGGCGGCAGCAGCAGCAGCAGCAGCAGCGGCGGUGGAGAAACGCUGGAAAAAAUCGACAUGUCUCUGGAAAAGGAAAAAAAAAAGAGUGGGGAAUUCAAGACUAUCCAGGUUUUGGCAAGAACCACUUAGGACGUCGAAAGCAGGUGCCGGGGAAGAGGCGGGCCUAUGGCCUUAAGACGGGCUUGGCAGCGAGGAAAGCCCCGGGGCCUCACAAGGGCAUCAGCCCCCUCAACCGAUCGCCCCUCAGUGAAAAGAACCUGCAAAGGAAUUACUCCGUUUUGAAAAGGAAGAUGGCCGUCCAGAGACAACCCGAACUACAGAGGAAGCCAGGCGCCCGCUUCCGAAGGCCCAACUUGUUAAAUCGAAGGCCAAGCAUACAGUCCCUGUCGACCAGAAUUGGGAAUAAAUUAUACCAGCAGAAAGAUACACGCCAAGCAACUUUCCUUUUUCGGCGGGGCCUGAAGGUACAAGCACAAGUCCAUCCAGAAGGUGACUACAGAAACCAGGGAAACAAACGGACUCGCCCAUGGCGAACGUCUACCCGAACUGGAGGGAUUUUGACUAUUUCCAUUGACAAUCCUGGUGCUGUUCUCUCUCCAAUCUCUUUGAAACCAAGACUCACCAGCAAUCUCAUACCCCCCUUUCUCCUGAAGAAGGAAGCAUCGGAAGAGAAGAAGGUCCCCAAAGGUGUCCCUCUGCAAUUUGACAUCAACAGUGUCGGGAAGCAGACCAGCAUGACCCUCAACGAGCGCUUCGGGAUCCUGAAGGAACAAAGGACAGCUCUCGCUCAGAACAAGGGCAGCCGUUUUGUGACGGUGGCCUAGAAGAGGCCUUUCCUCCCCUUGGAAGGAGCCGGAGAGACUGUGGGGUCCAGAAGUCAUGGGAGACAUUGGAGACUUUUGUGUCAGAAGAUCCCCAAGGAGCUGAACCCUUUUCCCCGUCCAUUUAACUGCCCUUCCUCUAUCCUGGGAGGUCCAACCUUGAUGGCUUUUAAGACCCGUGGACUUCAAUCCCCAGAAUUCCCCAGCCAGCCGUGGGAGUUGACGUCCGCACCUCUUAAAAGUGGCCGAAGUUGGGCACCACCUGCUCGAACUAGUCAGACCAGACGUCUCCAAACUGGGCCACUAUAAGCCCUGUGGACUUCAACUCCCAGAAUUCCCCAGCCAGCCAGCCGGACGUGUCUGUUUCCUUUUUCCUCUUAACCUCCUAAAGUGGAGAGAGAGAUUGCAGAGGAAGGGAUCACAAGAGAGCAAGCUAUGCUGGCUGGGGAGGAUUCUGGGAAUUGAAGUCCACAAGUCCUAAAGUUGCCAAGUUUGGGGACCCCCUGAGUCACACCAUCAACUCAUCCCUUUCAUCUCUUCCGAUAUAACGAAGAAACACAGCAAGCUUUGGGUUUGUUUACUUAAAUAGGCACCUCGCCCUGGAUUUGGGAAGGUCCAAUUAACCCCUGCAAGAAGGGGACACCCCCAGUUACUUUUUGUUGUUCUUGUGGUUGUUUUUGAAAAUGCCGGUAGGUGUCGACGCUCCACCCUGCAAAGAUGAAAAAAAAAUAUUUUUCUUUCUUCAUGCAAAAAAAUUAUACAGUGGCCCUCCUGGUCCGAUUUAGUUUUAGUUUUGGCCACAGGCCUCCCAGGGAAGGUCGGUUCUGCUCUUCUUUCGUUGGCUGAUUCAUCUGAACGGCUUGCGCGUCCCGUUUUCUUCUAGUUCACCACCACCACCCCCGCCCCCCAAAAAUCGGAAGCAAUUGGGGCAGAGGGAGGAGGUGGAAUAAUUGCCGUGAUGGUCAAUUGGGCAGGUCUCCAUCAAAACCUCCCCGGCGAUAUUGGCACGGAUCCGAUCCGUAGGCUUGCAAAAAACAAACAAACAACGAAUGACCUGUGAGUAUCUUUGUAGUAAAACCUGCCACGACGACUCGAGUUCAGUUUUAUCCUUCGGUCACAGAGUGAGCCGCUUGGUUUUCUUGAGGGCAUCUUUCACUGACAUUAGCCUGGUUUCUUUUCCCCACUUUCCCCUUUCUGAGUUCUGUUGAAGGUUGCUUUGUUGUGUAGUGAGAAACGUGCACUUUGUGACUCCUCUACUUAGCGGUAAGUUCCACCGAGGUACCUUCCUGUCGUGUCAAGGGAUCAGAAGUGGUGGAGUCAACAUCUCAGCAUAUACACCCACACCCACACACACCCCAAGCUCUCUGCAUGUCUGAUUAAUUUUGACUUCCAACCAGGGGAUAUUUGGAACCCUAAGAGGAAUAACGGAAUUGCCUGUGAAAACAUCCUGAAUUUCUGGAUGUUCAUACAUCCAUAAGAGGAUCCUAAUUCGUAGGCCUAGUGUCAGAGGUUACAGUGAAAAUUUUCAUUUUCUGGUGGUUUUCAAAGCAAAGAAGAUUUGGGUAAUCCGUAGAGCAUUUUUUUUUUUAAAUUAAAAACUACGGCCCAUGAUGAUUAAUGUUCUUUUGUUUCUAAUUUUUCUUUCUUUUUUUAAAAUCUUCUAUAUCGGUGUUUUUCAACCUUGGCAACUUUAGGACGUGUGGACUUCAAAUCCCAGAAUUCUCCAGCCAGCUAUGCCUAUUUUUUUUUUUCUCUUACCCCUUGAAGUGGAGAAAUUACAGAAGAAGGGAUUGUAAGAGAGUAACCUAUGCUGGCUGGGGAGAAUUCUGGAAGCCCAUAUAUCUUUAAAAGUUGCCAAGGCUGAGAAACUGCUGUUCUGUAAUCAUUACAGU